UUUUCUCUUAAAAGGCCAAAGAGACCAGUAGAAGGAUAACCUUAGAUGUUUUUAAGGCCCGGCUUGACAAAGCCUUCGCUGGGAUGAUUUAGUUGGUGUUGGUCCUGCUUUGAGUAGGAAAUUGGAUUAGAUGACCUCCUGAGGUCUCUUCCAACCCCAAUAUUCUAUGAUUCUUUGAUAAUAAUCAAUAAUCACUGUAUUAUUUUCUUGCACUUUUUCUGGAGUAGAAGGAGACAUUAUCAGUUUGGUAAAGAAGAGAACAUUUUAAAACACAACCCUGUAAUCUCAAAAUAAAAUUCAGAACAAAGUGGAAACCAUCCAGGGCGAUUAUGGGGGAGGAGGGGAGGCUGUAAGGAAAACUACUCCCUUCUCUGGUUUACUAAUGUCAAUAAUCAAAGCAUUUCAAAACUCACAAUAUGAGUUAACCCCCCCCCCCCUUUGUUUGUUGCAGCAGGAAAUUAUGUUUCCGGUUGCUAGAAGGUUGAAAAGAUCCACCCAGGCCAGAAUAUGGGUUUAACAAAACCCAGACAAAUAACAUGCUGGGGACAAUUGUGCAAAUGAAACUCCCAUCUCCAAUGUGCCUUUCCCUCUUAGCGAGCAAACCAACCAACCUCUUUAUGCACUAAGGGUUCCCGAGUGGUACCUUCCCCCCAAUCCUGCCCCUCCCGCCUACUCAAUAGUCUCACAAUCUGGACUUGCUCUGGUGAGAGGGGUCCCGUGUAAACGCUAUGGGAGUGUUUGGGUUUCUUAUAAAAUCAUUAGUGGGGGGUGUGUCUCUUUAAAACUCUAACCCCGGCCAACCCGCCGGUUGCUGUGGCAUCCAAACCACGCCUCCAUUCCCGUCCCCCAACCAGUGCGCCUGCGCAGUAGCGCUCGCUGUUCCCGGGGACCGUUUAAAGCGGUAGCGUUUUUAAAUCCCCCUCCGCUUGCGCGCGCCGGGCGGUUGGUUGCCCGGGGUGUCGCCUGAUUGGCCGAGCGGGCGAGUGGGAAACGACGUGCUGAUUGAGCGACCGCAAAAAGAAGUGGGCGGAGCGCAGGCUGCGCCUCCUGAUUGGGCUAGAGGGCCCGGGCGGGGCGGGGCCGCGCCGCGGCGCCUGGGGGCUCAUUGUUUGGAGGGCGUUGUAGGGGCGGGAGCCUGGCGGUGCCGCCGUUGGAGCCGCCACAGACUGGAGGGCCCGGAAGGGGCCUGCCCAGGGGAUCGAAGGCUGCAGUCAUGGAGGCUAUUUAUGCUGUUUCAGAUCACCAAAUAGCUCCUAGAAUUGCUUCAAGCAGGAUGGUACCAUUCAGUUUUCCUUUAUCAAAAUAUGCACUUUGGGAUCCAACACCUGUGGGAGAUGUUAUUGGCACACACAUCAGUUAUUACAGAAAUCUCAAACUAUUGAUGAUGGAGAAGGCUCUUCGUCUUGCCUAUCGCCAUGCUAAGCAGAGUGAAAGAAAGUUCUUUUCCUGUUUUUUGCUUGGAACUCUUGCAGUGGAUGAAGACGAUGAAGGUGUAUCACUGACAAUAGACAGAUUUGAUCCUGGUCGAGAAGUAACUGAUGGUUCAGGGAAAGUCCCCACAGCACCUCUUCCUGGAGACUUUUUGAUUCCAUGUACAAUUAACGCUUGGGGAUCUUCCUCCGGAGAUGUUAUAGUGCACAGUUCUGAAGACUUCAGCUUAGCUUUUAAGGGACUUCAACACAGUUUAUGCAGUAGAGACUCUUUGGAUCUUUCCAGACUGCUCACCAUAAGAGUUCACAUUACUUCAGCAGAGAAGAUGGACAACCUAAACUUUGAUUUUCACUGGGCAGCUGUUACUAUAACAAAUGCUCUAGAAUACACUCCUGUGAAAUCUGUCCCAAUUAUUCCUACAGCCCUGGCAAGAAACUUAAGUGGUCAUAUGAAUAUUGCCCAGGUUCAGGGGACUUAUAAAUGUGGAUACCUUACAAUGGACCAAACUCGAAAACUACUUCUGGUGCUGGAAUCUGAUCCCAAGGCUUAUGCUUUGCCGUUGGUUGGAAUUUGGUUGAGUGGCAUCACUCAUAUCUACAAUCCACAGGUCUGGGCCUGCUGCCUGCGUUAUUUGUUCAGUUCUUCAAUUCAAGAAAGGGUUCUUUCAGAGUCUGGGAGUUUCCUUAUUGUUCUCUAUUCGCUGACCCAUAAGGCACCAGAGUUUUAUGAGUGCCUUCCUUGCAGUGGACAAACUGAAUUAGGAUUUCAGCUGCUAACAUGUAAAGAAACAUUACAUCUCUUCAAAAAUGUUGAACCUUCAGACAAGCACCCUAUUCAAUUUGAGCUGAAUGCGGAAAAACAAAAUGCAGAAACUGAGUUCUUCAGCAAAGUUUCUACGAACCUUUCUAUUAGAAGUUCUCCUCAAGGCUCCUCCCCCAGCAAAUUGUCAGUAAGUGAUCAUGACUCAGGUGUGGAAGAUGAAGAUUUAUCUCCAAGACCAAUUCCAAGUCCUCAUCCAGUGAGUCAGCAGGUUACUAAGAUCCAUCCUUCAGUUCCUGAACUCUCCCUUGUCUUUGAUGGCAGCUUCAUAGAACCAAAACCAAUGUCUCGGCCUAUGGAGACCAUGAAUAACACAAAUCAAUCACUGCUGGUACCUCAGCCUAAUAAAAAGACCUAUUCAACAGGACCAUUGUACCAAAAUCAAUGCUCUGAUAGCUAUAAACAAAGCUUCAGCACCCACGCUAGACAUUCUUCAUUGAGAAGGUUACCGAGCCAAUUAAACCAGAUAAUUCCAACUUUAAAACCUAGCAGAGGAAAGCAGCUGCCACUACAGCAACAGUCUAAUUGUAGGAGAGUUGACCUUCAAACAGGAAAGAGUUCUGGAUCUUCUUCCUCUUCAUCAUCCCCUUCCCCUUCAACACCUCGCAGUGGGCCCUCUCCUGAUACGUCUGUGCAUCAAUCCAGGAUGCCAUCUGAAAGACUUGUAUCUAGUCCUGAUGGAGCCACACAAAGAAAAGGGGAACCUCCAGCAAGGAGACCCUCAACAUCUAAUUCCAAGCAGCAUCCUGGUGCCACACAGCCUCUCCAGUACAACUUUGCUUUUUCCCAGAAGUCAAGAAGACCAACAGAACUGCAGGUGCCUGUCCCUCAAGUGCCAUCUUGCUGUCCUGCCAGUGUCUGUAGUUGUCAGCUUCAUGGACAUAUCCAAUACAGUUCAACAAAUGCUUGGCAAGGACUGGUUAAAAUGGGCACCAAUCGUGCGGAAAUCCAAUCUGAUGUUCCUCAAGAGAGUGCAUAUUCAGUUUUCCAUCAAAAUGUCACUUGUCCAAAUAUUUGCUGUAGUCCAAUACAUACCCCAACUAGUUCUGUAACUCAUGGGUACAAUGGGAAAAUGGGGAAUUGUUCUCCCCUUGGUAGCAGCUUAUCACCUGGGUCAAGACUUUCUUCACAUCCAAGCCCUUGCCAUCUUCAGUGUGAUGCAGCACAUUCAGCAUGCACACAUGCACCUGCCCCCAAAAUGGGAACAGAUAAUGGAAUGAUGGGAUUAUCUCCAGAUGCUUACAGGAUUCUUACAGAACAAGACAGGCAGCUGAAAUUACUUCAAGCUCAGAUCCAGCGUUUGUUGGAAGCACAAACUCUUCAGCCUUGUUCUACUAAAACGACUAUAGAUAACAAUGCCCUACAGUCUGAGAAGCAGUUGGAAUUUGUUGCCAUGGAAACACAGUCCUCCCAAGGUUUACACAUGAGAAAAAGUGUGAGCAUUGCUGUAAGCACAGGUGCUAGCUUAUUUUGGAACACACCGUGUGAAAAGCAAGAUGACUCUGUGUGUCCAGUUAAACAAGAGGACACUGAAAUAUCUAAAGAAGAUAUAAGCAUUUCUAUGAACACUGAGCAAGAUGCAAGUAAUACAAGUAUUGCCUCCUCAUUAAAGGCUGUUGACAUACCCAGCUUUGUAGAAAGUAGCCAUCUUGUAGAAGAAGGAACUAACCAGACUGGACUCAGAAAUGAGCCAGUUUCCCCAGCAUGUGCUCCGAAUUCACUGUUGGAAGAAAGCGCUAGCAUGUGUUUACAGACAGGACCCACAGAGGGAGCUAACAACCACAUGGUGGCACCAAAUGAACCAAAAACUGAGCAUGCUGGUCCAUCACUGCCUAGCCACCCAUCCGAUGAUCAAAAGUUUUACCAGGAUAUAUUGGGUCAAGUAAACCACUUCUUAAAGUCACCAUCUGGAGAAAGUGAUUAUCCAUCUACAAAACAAACAAUGGUCGGCAAUGAUGGUACCACAUGUCGGAAUAUAAAUAAGCCAAAGGAAAGGAGUUCAGUAUCUGACCCCGGCCUGACAGAUAAAGAUUGCGUGAUUAGUGCAACCCUUAAGCAAUUAAGGAACCUUGGAGUGAAAAUUGAAUCUCCUGACAAAAUGAAGAAAAAUGCACACAAAGUAGAGAAUGCCAGCGUAUUGGCCUGCAUAAAUCCUGAAGCAGUGGUCCCUGGACUAAACUAUGUGUCAUUUGUCAAUGUUGGCAUGAGUGGGUCAACUCCCAAUGGAGUUGAUCUGAGUAUGGAAGCAAAUGCAAUAGCACUCAAAUAUCUAAGUGAAAGUCAACUGACGCAGCUUUCUCUCAGUCACACAAGUGAAAAAAAUCCUGAAGAUUCAUCUUUCCAAAACCUCUUGCAUCUAAAUAUGGACAAGAGCAUGAUGGGUCUUAGCUUAAUUUCACCAAACAAUAUGUCCUUUGCAACCAAGAAGUACAUGAAAAGAUAUGGGCUCCUACAAAGUAGUGACAAUAGUGAAGAUGAAGAGGAGCUGCAAACUCAGAACUGCAGCAUCUCUAGUAUUGGCAAGUGUGAAGAUAUGUUAGAGACUAAUUUUAAGCCCAUGUUGGAGGACUUUAACUUCGGGAAAGAAUCUUCUGAAGGAGUUUGUGAAAGAUUAUCCAUUAACCAGAGACCUUACAAGGAGUCAACUGGAAGUUAUUCUUUGUCAGAAUCCGAUGGUCCUGUGUUGAGAAAUAUUACAAAUGAGGUCUUUCCUCCAAAAAUACUACAUCAACCUCAUGAGAACUCACAGCAGAUUCUGAAGGAUUUAAAGACAAAACCCAAACUUGUAGCUGGGAAAGUAGAGUUCACUCAGCAACCUGACAGGGAGAACCUAGGAAAUGUUCGUCUCUUCCCUGAAAAUCUACAAACUCCCACCCUGGAGACAUUAAAUCAGACAGACAGCAUGAGUUCAGUUGGUACCUUUCUUGAUGUAAAACACCUCAGACAGUUGCCAAAGUUGUUCUGAACUUUUUUUUGGGGGGGUGGGGGAAGACUGGCAACCAGCAUUUCUUGGAUUUGAAGCUUUCUCAAGGUUGAACAAGAUUAGAAGAAGCCAAUGAUUACGUUGCCUUUAUAGGUCACUUAACUUUCUUGGCAACAAAUGACUAACAAAACUGAGUAUGUGGUACAGUGCUGGUCCACCAGAUGCUCAGCUGACCUGGAUUUGUCUGACAGAUUUUAAAGUACAUAUGUACUUUUGUUUACAAUUUGGAUAUAUCUUUAAUAUCCAAAAGGUCAAUCAAUUCAGAAUAGUCCUGGACAUAAGCUGUGCUCCUAUAUAUUUUUAACUAUGCCUGUUUCUUAACUUUUCGAUUAUUGCCUUUUUUUUAAGCAUCAUUGACAUUUUUAUACAUUUUAUACCAACAUUGAGCUGUAGGCUAUAAUGUGUGGGUGGGAAUUUAAACUCAAAUAGAAUGAACUUACUGACAUUAAAGUCUACCUAAGCAUGUGGCAGGCUACUGUACGUAGAAAAGCAUAACUUUGAUUUUAAUUAGUAUAAAAUUAUUUAAAAUUCAGCCACAAUUGCACAUAUAAUAGACAUUAAAUGUAUCAUGAAAACCUAACAAGGACAUCGGUAAAAUUAGCACUCAAUGUUUUUUUGUUUUUUUUCUUCUGAAUAAGUGUCUUCUAUUUAUUUGAAAAGUACAUGUUAAUCAUAAAAGGCCAAGCAAAUCCAUAAGAUACAAAACUGGCCUGUUGAUCUGUUGCUUAUUUAUGUUUGAUGUGGUGGUUAAUCCUUGUUAAAACACUUACAAUCUAGCAAUCACAGUUAACUGUUAAACAAGUGACUAAACUUAAGUAACAUUGCAAGUAUGCUGUUUCACAUGGUUUCAAACUUUUUAACAACUCUGAGUUCAAUAAAGAAGCAAACUAAUUUGUUUACUUUUGUUCUGUUAAUAUGUAAAUUAACCUGUCAUUAAUGCUCUGGAGUGCAUUACUGAAAUAGCCUUUUUUAUAAUCCUGUAAGAUUUAUACAUUUGUUGAGUUCAUGAAUCUGUAAUAAAUUAUUCAUUUUUGUUUUAAA